GUGGUCUCUACCGCCCAUAUCUAUUAACUUCACGAAGAGCUAUAUACACUCCAGAAAGUCUCCCUGCCGAGUAUUCCGAUGUCAAACAAAACACCCGCCUACAAAACAUAGACAUCACUCUCAAUCAGCUUUCCGGAUGGCUCACUUCAGAGGAAAUUAAUCUUGAGACGGAGCAAAAUCCGAACUUGGAUGAUUCUUCUUCUAGAGAGACGCAUACUACUUUGAUCUCUACAGAUUCUUGCAGGGCCGAUAUUUCUGAAUGGAAAGCGAUAAGAAUCCGUGAAUCUGCUCAAGAUCCCCUCCCUUCAUUCCACGAAAGCGGCGUGAACAAUGGAGCUGGCCACCGCUGACCCAGACCCACUGUAAUCACCACGACAAAAUUCACUCCCAACCCCACACUCAAAAUCUCAUAUUGGACUAUUCAAUUGCCCAGAACGAUACAAAGCUCCAAUCUUGCGCAAAAUACUGCCAAAUUCAAGAACCCAUCUUUUCUUCUCAAUGGAUCGCUCCGCCAGCACAAGAAGGGAGCCCCCGGGCGCCAUGGAGUUGAGCUUAGAUUCCAAGAAGAGUGACGGCGGCGCGGCCGAUUCUGUAGAGAGGAUUUUCCAGUCCGAAGAGGUGCCUUCGUGGCGGGGCCAGCUGACUUUGAGGGCUUUCUGCGUGAGCUUAGUAUUGGGCAUUCUCUUCACCUUCAUAGUCAUGAAGCUCAACCUUACCACUGGGAUUAUCCCUUCUCUGAAUGUCUCUGCUGGUCUGUUGGGGUUCUUCUUUGUCAGGACCUGGACCAAGUUUCUUGAGAAAUCUGGGUACUUGAAGCAGCCCUUUACCAGGCAAGAAAACACUGUGAUUCAGACUUGUGUUGUUGCCACAUCCGGCAUAGCCUUCAGUGGAGGUUUUGGAAGCUACAUGUUUGGGAUGAGUGAGGCUGUUGCCAAGCAAACAAACGUAGCUAAUGAUGCAGAGAACAUUAAGAAUCCCGGGGUGGCUUGGAUGAUUGGUUUUCUCUUCGUUGUCAGCUUUCUUGGCUUAUUUUCAGUUGUUCCUCUUAGAAAGAUUAUGAUCAUAGACUUCAAGCUCACAUAUCCAAGUGGCACAGCCACUGCUCACUUGAUCAAUAGUUUCCAUACUCCACAGGGAGCUAAGCUGGCAAAGAAACAGGUAAGAACUCUUGGGAAGUUUUUCUCCUUCAGUUUCAUGUGGGGCUUCUUCCAGUGGUUUUUUAAGGCAGGAGAUGACUGUGGGUUUUUAAACUUUCCCACAUUUGGUCUUGGUGCAUAUAAACACAGGUUUUACUUUGAUUUCUCAACAACUUAUGUGGGCGUUGGGAUGAUUUGUCCACAUCUAGUCAAUGUAUCGGUGCUACUUGGAGCAAUCCUUUCGUGGGGGAUAAUGUGGCCUCUCUUAUGGAAACGCAGAGGCGAUUGGUAUCCUGCAAAUCUAAGUCCAAGCAACCUAAACGGCUUGCAAGGUUACAGGGUCUUCAUAGCAAUUGCCUUGAUUCUCGGGGAUGGUCUUUACAAUUUCUUCAAAGUCCUUGGCCGCACCUUGUACGGCUUGUAUCACCAAUUUUACAAAAAUAAAUCCGUCUUAUUGCCAUUCGCCGGGCCCUCCUCUCCUCCGGAGCCUACUACUACUGUUUCCUUUGACGACCAACGUAGAACCCAACUUUUCCUCAAGGACCAAAUCCCAACAUGGUUUGCUGUUCUUGGCUAUGUCUCCAUUGCCAUAAUCUCAACCAUCACACUCCCACACAUCUUCCACCAACUCAAGUGGUACCACAUUCUGGUCAUGUACGUCUUUGCCCCCUUGCUGGCCUUCUGCAACGCGUACGGGUGCGGUCUCACGGACUGGUCGCUCGCGUCGACUUACGGGAAACUUGCGAUUUUCAUUAUCGGUGCGUGGGCGGGGGCCACUCACGGCGGUGUUCUCGCCGGGCUGGCCGCGUGUGGGGUCAUGAUGAACAUCGUCUCGACCGCAUCGGACCUCACCCAGGACUUCAAGACCGGUUACAUGACCCUGGCUUCACCCCGGGCCAUGUUCAUCAGCCAAAUCAUUGGGACCGCGAUGGGUUGCGUGAUCUCCCCUCUUGUGUUUUGGGUCUUCUAUAAUGCCUUCCCGGACUUGGGCAAAACCGGCUCGGAGUACCCUUCACCCAACGCAACUGUCUUCCGGAACAUGUCGAUUCUCGGGGUCGAAGGGUUCUCGUCUCUCCCAAAGAACUGCCUCACGCUAUGUUAUGUGUUCUUCGCUGGGGCCAUCGUCAUAAAUGGGGUAAGGGAUUUGGUGGGGAAGAAGAGAGCUCGGUUCAUUCCCCUCCCCAUGGCAAUGGCCAUCCCAUUCUACAUCGGAGGGUACUUUGCGAUCGACAUGUUCGUCGGGAGCACGAUACUGUUUGCGUGGGAGAGGGUAAACAAGGAAAAGGCCGAUGCUUUCGGACCGGCUGUGGCGUCUGGGUUGAUAUGUGGAGAUGGGAUGUGGACCCUGCCGGAUUCGAUUCUUGCGCUCGCAGGGGUGAAGCCGCCGAUUUGCAUGAAGUUCUUGUCGAGGAAGGAGAAUACGAGGGUCGACGGUUUCUUGGUGGGUUCUUGAUUCAUGAUUUCUGCAUCUUGGAAGCCAGAUUUCUUGUUUUCUUUCAUAGGUUUAUGUGUCUGUGUGUGUAGUGAUGAUGAUGAUGAUGAUGAUGAGUUCUCAAAGGGAAUUGGUCUGUUUCUUUAUCAUCUGUAUGUGUGUGCAAUGUUAAAGAACCCCACCAUCAUUGAUGUUCAUAGUUUGUAAAUUUUGUACGUACAGUUGUAAUAAUACAACAUACUCCAUUUUUUUCUCUAAAGGUUGAUGUGUAUGUAU